ACAGUGAAGAGUAAAGCACUGGAAGUGGUUGAGUACCUGACCCCGGUCCUCAAGGAAUCAAAGUUUAAGGAAACAGAUAUAAUCAUCCCAGUAGAGUUUGUGGCAGCUGUAUAUUGCUUAAUCCACCACUGUCCAACAUGGCAAUGGGCUACAGGGGAAGAAUUGAAAGUGAAGGCAUACCUACCAACAGGCAAACCAUUUUUGGUAACCAAAAAUGUUCCAUGCUAUAAGCAGUGCAAACAGACGGAAUAUUCAAAUGAAUUGGAAGCUAUCAUUGAAGAAGAUGACGGUGAUGGCAAAUGGGUAGAUACAUAUCACAACACAGAUAUUACGGGAAUAACUGAAGCAGUGAAAGAGAUCACACUGGAAAACAAGGACAGUAUAAAACUUCAAGAUUGCUUGGCACUAUGUGAAGAGGUAGAAGAGGAAGGUGAAGGAGAAGCUGUAGACAUGGAAGAAUAUGAAGAGAGUGGAUUGUUGGAAAAGAUAGGCUCCCUAGAUACAAGAAAAAUAGUAGAAGCUUGUAAAGCCAAAACUGAAAUCCUCUGCUUCAGAUCAUCCCUGUGGACUGCUCCGGGUCUGGACGUUCCCUUUGUCAACCUUCCAGAGUCUGAGUCCCCAGGGCUCCCCACGGCGGGAAGGAAAAGGCGCGCGUGGCUAGGCGCGCGCGUACACGGGCACUCACGUGUACACACACACGCGCGCACAUUACACAUACACACACGGCCCGUUUCCUCUGCUCCCUCCCCGUGGGGGGCGGGUCUCUUUCUCUUUAAAGAGCAGACCGUCUCCUCGCACACCCAGGCUCUCAAGGCCUCCGGGGCCCGGGACCCGAGGUGCUCGCAGCCAAUGGGAAUGGUGGAGCGGCUCGAGCGCGGCUGA